AUGAAUAAAAAUACUACUAUGAAUCUUGAGAAGUUUAACAGCAGUGAAACUGGAGACUUGGGGAAGGUAAAUAGUAUAGUUGGCAGCAAUGGAGAGACAAAGAAUGUGGAUAGUGCUAACAGCAAUAUCAGCGACGUAGUAUCGAGAUUUUUUUAUGACAAGCUUCAGAAAGAGGUUAUAAAUUUGAGGAAGUAUUGUGAGUUUAAAGAAUGCUCUUUGAAUGCUAAAGAUGAAGAAAUCAAGAUGCUCAUGAAGAAGAUAGAAACCAUGUCAAAAGCCAUACAAAUAGAGUCUAAGAAAACAAAGAGAAAAGCUGCAAUAAGAGAGACUGAAGUUUUUUCUUCAGAUUAA